UCAUAAUUAUUUUGAUUGAUGGAAAGAGCAAAACUCGGCAACUGGUAAAAGUUUCAGAGCAGAAUAUUUUAUCAUGAAAUAUUCAUUCCACUGCGUGUUGGUGUUUUCUUUGAUUUUUCUUUGUAUAUUUAUUUUGGCAUUUGAAGGUGAAUCAGAGGAGGAUGCAACGGAAAAUAACCUCAAGCUGGCUAUUGAUCCUAGAAAGGGAAAAGUCUCCAGACAAAAGUGCAAAAACGCUGCAUGUAAAAAAAGAACGCAGAGAGAAAACAAUAAAGCUAAAAUUGCAAGGAAUAAAAAUUCAAAGACCACAAAAAAAACGCACACUAUAGCAGCUUCCAUUGUUAAGAAAACCAGCAUAAAAAAUGUGGCUGUCCAAACUACCUCUAGGGCCACAAAAAAAUUUACGUCAAAAACAACAACUGCAGCAAAACGAACGGAACGGUUCUUGGAGAUAAUCAUAACACUGGGACCAACAAAACCCAUAACUUCACCUUUGACAACCACAGAAGGAAUAACUACUAUUUCUUCAACUAGUAGCACAACAAGAACAACAUCUACAACUCCAACUAGCACCACAAGUACAAGCACUACAUCAACCACUACAGUCACCACAACUACUACUACUUCUACCACCACCACAACAACCACUACCAAGCCAUGUUUAAACUCAACCUGCUCAACCUACUUAGCUGCACAAGCCGGGUCCAAUACAGCAUCAUAUGCAGCCCAGGGCUACAAUGUCAUGUCUAAUGGGUACAAGCUUUUCAUCGGACGAAUAGCAAACUUAUCAGAGGCAGUGAAAUCUUGCAAGGCUCAAAAUCUCUCACUUUUGGAAAUUGACGAUGAAUCAAAAUUCAAAGCCCUAAACGCACUCCAAUUAUCAAAUUUACAAACGUUCUGGACAAGCGGAAGCAAUGAGGGUGAUAAUUGCGACGUUCACCAGAAAUACGCUUGGUGCUCUGCAGAAAAACCAUUUUCUCUGGUCGAGGACAAAUUCUGGUCAGUGCGAAAUGCUUUGAACAGCACAGUGGAGAGGUGCAUUGCAUUCAAGAGAAACUUGACUUCGUCUGAAAUCCCUGGUUUAAUUCACGCGAGCUGCGACAUGGCACUGGCAUACGCAUGCAAGGCGCAACCAUCAUGUCCAACCAAUUGCAACCCAGACGCAACCGAAAAUGAUCGCAAACAUGGACAAACUUUUAAACGCUGAUCCGUUCGGACAAAGCACGUGGUUUACUGCUGGCAACUUCACUUAUUUACUUGGAAAUAGACCUGUGACGUGGCUGAAAAAUUGGCAGUUGUGUUGCAAUUUAGGAAUGGAGCCUAUUUCAUUCUCCAACAUGGGCACCAGGGUUUACUUUGAAGCAAUAAACCGUGCUUCCUAUUAUAUUUUACAUAUAACCUACAACUUCAAAUACUGGACGGCGGGUUCUCAGCAAGGCUCGCCGGGCCAAUGGAACUGGUGCACUUCUUCUGGUGCUCAAGUCGCUGCCGAGGGAUUACCUGCCAUCUUUUUAAACAGAACUUCUCUUUGGAAUUACGAUUGCUCCAUUAUGUACAAUAAUAUGAGCGGAAAUGUUUCUUUUUCAUGGACAUAUGAAGAGAAUGUUUGUGAGAAUCGCCGCAAUUUUGCCUGUCAGGGUCCUCUAGCGUUAUAUAAUAGCUCUGCGAUAAAGUGCACCAGAGGGACUUGUCCCACUUCUGUUUGUAACAAAACGAUUGAUUUGGGAAUAUUAAAUCCCACUUCCAGAGGGUUUGAUAGUUAUGGAAGAUUUACGUCAUCUUGUGGCAAAAUUCUAAUGUUCUCGCGAUAUAAGCUGAAUUGGACAAUGUCUCGAGACACUUGUUGCAGAUUGGGCAUGAAUUUGGUUGGGUUUUUCACAAAAGAAAAACAAAAAUGCCUUUCAAAAUCCGUUACUGCCCACAUAAAGUUUCCAUUUUUUGAAGAAAUUGCGCGUCUAGAGUUUUGGACAUCCGCCACUGAUUUCAAUUGCAAAGGAAAAUACGCAUGGUGUGGCUUUGAUAAAACUAUGGACCCAAGCAAAUUUACUUGGGCCACUGGGACUCCGGUGAGCGCUGACGGCGAUUGUGUGUUUUUGAAAACCGCAGGAAACGAAACUGUGUUGGCCACUGGAAAUUGCAGCACAGAAAGAUUUUUCGUAUGCGAAACUGCAAGAAUUGGAACCCAGUUAGAGGUAGCCAAGGCUGAAUGCAUGGAAAUUAAUGAAGUAAAAAUUGAGGAGCUGCUGUAUCUGCAAAAUUUAAGUGCUAACAGUAAUUACGUUUCCAACAAUUUAAAAUGUUAUAUGUAUUGCUUGGCUGAAAAUUAUAGACUCAUGUCUUUGUCUGCUUUAACGGCCAAAAUCCAGCAAGUAUUUAUGACAGCAACCACAAAUCUACUUGCUGCUUUGCAAACAGUUGACGAGUGUUACUCAUCUUUAGCGGACGUUUUUGCCGAUGGCUGCACAUUGGCGUAUGAAUUUUUUAAGUGCUGUCAAUUGAAGCAACCUGAAUUGACGAUUAAAAUGCUACAAGCUAGCUGGGGAAAUUCAACCAUAUACACGCCGCCUAUACCUUGUGCGCCAUACAUAAAACAGUGCCACUUGACUAAGAUGUUUCCGUGCACAGUCAACGUGGCUCUGAAACAGCAACUAAAUGCAACUCAAACUACUGAAAAAGGACGGAUGAUUACUUUAUUGAUUGGAAAAGGCUCAGUUAAAAAGGAUUACUUUAUCUCCUACUCCUAUUUUAACACUUUAACAAACGAAGUUGACAUUUAUCAGUACUGCUGCUCCCUGGGCAUGCGAAUGUUUGAGCCACAGUCGAUUGAAGAGUUCAACGCGGUAGCAAUGGAGGCUUUGAAUAUUGAAAAUACUAUAUUGCUUGUUGGGGAAAGCUACAACGUCAACAGCACACACGGAGCGUGGUGCGCCAGUGGUAAACCGGUCACAUUUGAAGGAGUGCGCUUUGCGCCUACAUUGAAUUGCGAACCGUUUAUGGAUGCCUUUGCCUUCAACACAACGGCAGGAAAUUUUUUGUCGUAUCCCUCAUCUAUUUAUCAGACGACGUUCAAUCGCAACACAUCAUACUUGGAUCCAGCGCUAUUAGCCAGUCCAUUGACGCCAAUAAAUAAUCUAAAUAAUCCUUAUCUUAUCUGA